AUUAAGAAAGCAGAAAGAGGGGGUCGUGGUGAAAGGUAAAGGACGUGCACUUUAACCAAAUGCCGUUAGGUUUAAAUUAAAUAGCUUUCACAUUCAGCUGUCCUCCAUGGCAGCUCAGCUCCGCGCUGUGGUCUCCUCCCGGUGGUUAGCUAACGCUGUUAAAACCAAUCUCAUCGGCCCUAAACUUUGUGUCCUGGAUGGAUCCUACUUUCCAGUUGGCAAACGGAACCCCAGAACCGAGUUCAACCAGAAACACAUCCCGGGAGCCUCGUUUUUCGACCUGGAUGAAUGCUGCGACAAAAGGUUCCGUUCAUGGAACAUGCUGCCGACCUCCAGCGACUUCUCCCGGUAUGUGGGAGACCUCGGCAUCGGGAACGACACCCACGUUAUCGUCUACGACACCAGCGACAUGGGUUCGUUCAGCGCCCCCAGAGUGUGGUGGAUGUUCCGGGUGUUCGGGCACGGCUCGGUGUCGGUGCUGGACGGAGGGUUGAAGAACUGGCUGGCUGAGGGUCACCCGGUGACCUCCGACUGCAGCAAGCCGGAGCGGAGAGACUUCCAGGCGGAGCUCAAUCAGUCCUGGGUGAAGAGCUUUGAAGAUGUGAUGGAGAACAUCAAGACCAAGAAGGUCCAGGUGGUGGACUCCAGACCUGCUGGCAGGUUCCAGGGAACCGAACCAGAAGCCAGAGAAGGUGUUCUUCCUGGACAUUUCCCAGGGGCGAUCAGCAUACCCUUUAAAUCUUUCCUGGAUUCCUCUGGAAAGUAUCACAGCACUGAUACCUUAGCCAAACUCUUCAAGGAGGCUGGAGUGGAUGUGGAGAAACCGCUCUGGGCUUCCUGUAGUUUGGGAAUCACAGCGUGCCAUGUCAUUCUGGCUGCUCACCGGCUUGGACUCUCUGAUGUGGCUCUGUAUGAUGGAUCCUGGACAGAAUUCUUUCAAAGAGCCCCUCCAGAGUACAUCAUUUCAGAGGGGGCUGGAAAGAAGGUUUGAUGUUUUCCUGGCUUCCCCCUGGACUAUACAAACAAGCGAGCCUUUAACAGAAUGGUUUUAUUUUUUAAUCUAAUAUAGCUCUAUUUAAAUGAUGGGAUUGGAACUUUUUAAUGAAUGUUAACAGUAAAUGAAUCAUUUGUUUCUCAGUUUCAUUUAACAGUGAGGGUGAUUCUAUAUCUUUUUCUCUACAGCUAUAAAAAUAUCUUGUUUCAAUGGAUCUGAACAUUGAGUCUUACACUAAAUUACAGUAUUAUUGAAGUUAAUUUAUUUCAGUAACUUAGUUCUCUAAGUUAAAAUAUAGAUUAAUUACAGUGUUAUUUUUUCAUUACUUGAUUUCUAUAACCGAUAUUUUUGCACUUACAGCUGAAAAUGUGAAAUUUAAACUACAAUAUUAAACGGAGAAAUAAAAUCAGCAAUUCAAUACAGAAAUGUGGCAAUAAUGAAAACUAUGUUAGAACCUGCUUACUUAUUUGGAAAGCGAACUUUAAUAAAAAAAAAUGCAGGUUUUUCUAACAUCUGUUUUCAGUUGCCUAUAAUGCAGCUCUGUCAGGAGUCUUUUUCUGUGCCUUUUAUAUGAGCCUCCUAAUUCACUAUGGAGUAUUCUUUAAUUAUAUAAUAAAAAGUGUUUUAUAGCUUUUUGAUUAUAGGAUGAAAUCUAUAUUUCUAAAGGUGCUGUGUUCUGCUGGAACAAAUGUAAGCAGAUCAAAAUGAAUAGGAAUCAUGGUGGGAUGAAGAAAACCAGCAUAUAAGCUUGAUAACUACAUGGAAAUGAGAUGCAUUUUAAGGGUUCUGUUGAUAAACCACUUCAUCAAGGUUAUUGUAAUUUUAAAU